UUAAACUGGCGAAAGCGCCGCCCGCCUCUUUACCCGACCCCGAGCCUGCUUUCAAUAGCUUCAGCUUUCGUUCGUUAGUUUCGGCAUUGUGUUAUCAUACGCACAACAAUCUUUUGACUUUGAACUCCGAGGAGCUCAUCGUUUUCAUUAAAAUAUCCCAGUGGAGAAGCUGAGGCGAUGGAGACGCAGUGCUUGGUGAACCAGGCUCCACCGAGGAAUGGGCCGCAGCUGGCUCAGAGGAGGAAGAGAAAGCAGCUGCAGUAUUCUGCUGAUAUAGUGUACUCAAAAGGGACGACACUCCAGACUUUGCCCUCUCUCAGCAAGCUGUUGAAGGGGGUCACAGAUUGUCUCAUUGGUCUUCAGUAUGUGUGGGAGUACCGCAGCCCCAGUAAAUCUGUCCCACCACACUACCAGUGCAAACUCUGUGCCGUGUACCGCCUGCAGCAUGAUAUGGUUGCACAUGUGAGAGGCUGGAAACAUAGCUUCAGAUACUUGAAAAAGGUUCACCCUGACAAGGUCACAUGUGAAGAGGAAGAUGCCAUCAGAGAUCCUUCUGUAAGGAAGACUAUUAAAGAGACUGCUGCUGAGGUGGAGAAAACAGAGGGAAGGGGACAACUCAAGGUGAUCCUGAAGGAGCCUUGUGAAGUACCAGCUUUCAAAGGACUCCGUACUGCUAUUCCUAAAGUUCAGCCUCCACUAGCUCCGGGGAUGGGUCCAAAGUCACUAUCCUUUGGUCCCAGGAUGUCUGACCCAAGGUUUCCAGGAGAGUUUCCUCUAGGCGGUCCACACCCUGACUACCAAGUGGAAGAUUAUGGGGACCCCAGUUUCGAAGGGUACCCGACUAGGCAAGAUUUCCCUGACUUUGAUGUUGAUCGGAGACCUUUCUCAGAUGGUAUGGGCCAUCACCCAGCUAGGAGUGGAGAUGGUUUUGGACCAGGUGGUGGAAGAGAUGGCUAUGGAAGGAGUGGACUGCUGGAGGAGAACCCAGGAAGAAGGUAUCCUGACGAGUACCGAGUUGGCCAAAUGGGGGGCAGCUCAAUGAACAGACCGAUGGACAAGCCCCUGGACAGGCCAGGCUUGAUGGGAGCAGCUCCAGAAGGCAGCAACCCUCCGAAUGCAUUGCUCACCUACCUGGAUACGUUCCGGAUAGAGAAUGAGAGCGACGCACAGCUGGUGCUGAAGGUGACACAGAAACUGACAGACGUGCUGAUGGAGUACAGACUGAGGAGCGUAUCAGCGGGUUCUAGUAUGAACAGUUUGUCGAUGAGCACUCCAAGUUUCUCCUCUACACCAUCCAGAUUGUCCAGUAGUACUGACCGAUACUCAAGUAGUCUUUCAGGCCCAUCCAGGUACUCUGAUAUUCAACCCAGGUAUUACAAAUAAUGAUCAGAAGAUGUGACGCCUCAAGCUUCUCAACUCUGUCCCAUGUCUGCAGUAGUCAUGACAUCCAAGAGUUGUUGAUUUCUUAUGCUCUAAGGCAUAUUUUUUUUGUUUCAAAUUUUUUUAGAAUAUGGAAUGUUUUCCUGUUGCCCGAUUUCCUCAGUUUUUAAGUGAUCAUUUCAGUGUAUGACCAGUGUUCAUUUCCCAAAAUCCCGUUCUUAUUAAAGUAAUGGAGAGAAGUGUUUUGAAAUUUGAAGUUUGUUCAUUCCCAACACUAAUUAAACUAUUUCCUUUGAA